AUGGUGGGCCGACGAGGAAAAAGAGGCCAGGGCCCGGUCCAUACCCCCAGCUUGGCCACGCGAUCCACGCGCCGUGCUUCAGACUCUUUCUCUGCUCCGGCUCCUCGCGCACGCGGGACCGGAAGAGGUGGCCGCGGAGGUGCUCGCAAUGUAGCCCGGAAUAGCCUCCCAGGCCCGGCAUCGCGGGUGCCAGACUCUCCACCUCUCACGCGUAUCAUCAAACUAAAACUGAACCCUCCCAAAUUGGCGGCUGCCUUGGGAUUACCACCACCCGAACAGUCAAAGUCGGCAACGGCUUCAGCGCGUUCAUCGGCGCAGAAUCCGGAGACUCCGCGCAACACACGACGCUCUAAGCGCGCUAUGGCUGUUCCGGAGUCAUCCAGAAAGACUCGUUCAUCAGCUCGAACCAGAGGUUCCGAUGAAACCCCGCUUGAAAAUGAAAAUGAAAAUGAAAAUGAAAAUGAAAAUUUCUCUCCAUCCAAGAGAAUGGAACUUGAUGACCAUGAUGAAUUUGAAAAUGGUCAUGACUACGACUUGGCUUCAUUUCCUCCCCAACCGCAAAUCACUAAAUCUUCUCAAACACCUGAAACCACUGGUCCAUCCACCAACGCCAUUCAAGAGGUGGAGGAUCCUCACCAGACUGAAGAUGAGCAUUCAGCUCCUUCGGGGACUAUGCAACCAUCGCCUACAGAGGCAAGUGAGACUACCUCCGAGUUCCUGCCAACAAAGGUAUCAUCUUCACCGCGCCAAGGGCGAAAACGAGAACGCAAAUCAAUUGAACCGAAGACCGAAUCUCACUCACCUGAUCCGACAACAGCCAAGAAGCCCAAGCUGGAAGAAGAUGUGAAAAACACCCCCGACAUCACACUUGAAAAUGGCAUCGCAACUGAAUCUCCUCCAAUUCCAACUCCAACUGACGCCGGUGCUACCUCCACCGACAAUGCACUGACUGCUGUCGCCGAUGAACCACCAAAAGACGAACCCGCCCGAAGAGGUGGUCGUGGAGGCCGCGGUGGUAUUCGUGGACGAGGCCGAGGCCGAGGUCGUGGUCGCGGUAGUCGUGGCGGUGCCAUUGGACCAUACCGUUCCGCAGUUCGUGCGCGCGGAGGUCGAGGCCGGGGUCGUGCUCGUGCAGCUGCAACGGCCCGUCGCGGCGGCAAGAGAAUUGAAGAUGAGAUUUGGGACAGUGAUAGUCGGAGACGAUCUCCUUCACCUAUUCCUGCUACUCAGGGCAUCAAGGAUCGCCAGGAUCAGCUAGCGGCUUUGUUCAAGAAAGUUGGCCAGGCGCAACAGGUCGCAUUGAACAAGUUGGCUGAUCAUACGAUGACGAAACUUGCCCGUGAUAAACAUGCUCAUUUGGACUGUCCUGAGUGGGCUCAGGUACAGCGGGAUCUUCUUCAGUUCGAGCGCAAGGCUCUGAACCGUCUGAAGGCAGAUCGCGAUUUUAAAGUAGAAUGCGAUGAGAGGGUUUUCCAGGGCCAGAUCUUCACGAUCAAAAAUACAGCUACGAAGCACAUCGAUGAUAUCAAGGAAGAAUUCGAAAAACUUAGUCGCGGAAAAUACGUUGCAUGGAUGACCGGCCGAAGAGCAGCUGAAGAUGAUGAACAUACUGAGACUGAUGGAUCUGACCCCCAAUUUGAAGAGCCUCAGUAUCUUUUCCGAAUCGGCAAACCCGGAGCCAAAGAGGUCACGCGAGGCUUCAUCUCAGAGUCUGUUCGUGAACCAGAAGGUGCAAUUGCUUUUGAUCUCGGCGACGACGAUGCUUGGGAGGACUUCCUCCAGAAGGUCCGCAUGGGUAUCGAUGUGAAUCCUCAGAUGCGAGCUUUGGAUUCUGGAAAUGAUGUCGAGCACCAAGAGACGGUUGAUCGAGCUAUGGGAGUUCUAUUGGAAGCCUCCAAGGCUAUCAGCGAGCACGAAGCCGCCAACAACAUCCCUACCGGCGGCCGGGUUAAUUCCAUCGACGGAACAGUCGAACAAGAACCACCCCGAUCCCUGUUCAUUCUCGCUGAUAUCGCUCUUGGUGAGCCACCACAAACAACCCAGCUUCCUCAGAUGCGAACAGACCCAAAUAUGCCACCUUCUCAUCGCCCUCUACUACACCAGCCCCAACAUCAACAUCAACCAUCCCAGGCUCCCCCUCCACCUGGCAUGUCUCAUGGUCCAACAGAUCCACGAUCAUUCAUUUUGCCUCGGCCAACCCCAACUCAACAGCCUCGCCGUUUACUUCCAGCCCGUGGCCAGCUUGGUCUUCCUGACCCUUUUGCUAUGAAUGGUCCUCCUCAGCUUCCCCCGCCUCCAGGGUCUAACUUUGCUCGUCUUCCUCUGCCUGGUUAUUUGCCUGGGCCUCCACCAGGUCAUGGCCCACCACCGGGCCAUGGUGCUCCACCUAAUCAGGGACCCCCAGGACCUCCAGGCCCCCCUUCUAUGUACUUUCCAUCGCCUCAUAGCCAUGGACCGCCUGGACCACCGGGUCCUCCAGGAUCUCACCAACCCCCUCCUCGUCGAUACUAA